GCGGGCGGUGGGUCACGAAGCAUGAAGUAUAAACAUAAACAUAACCAUACGUUGCGUUGAUGUUAUAUUUAUGUCAUCAUCAUCAGUGGGGUGAACAAACGUCGAGAGCGUGUCCAGUGACGUACGAAAUAUUUCACUAUCCUUGACUUAUUGACUACUGUUGCUUGAAAGUUCGAAACAAGGUGGUCGAAGCCGAAAGGAGAUGAGAGACCAAGGAUUGUGGAGCGCAUGACAUCCUCAUCCUCUUCCUGCUUUCUUUGAAGAUGAUCGAGUUCUGCUCCGAAAGGCGUAUGUUUAUAGCCAUUGGCUUAUUAGGAGGAGUUACUUUGCUGGUGCUAAUCUUGGAGGGUCGUUGGACUUGGUCCGCUAAUGCUGCUCGAGUUACCGUUGCCCCUUCAACACUACCUAUUACGGCAACAAACACUUCCUGCUGGCUUCGUGAGGAAUUUGUGGUCCUAGAGGAGUGUCAUCCUUGUUCAGCAUUUGAAGUCACCAGUAAAAGCAUUAAGGAAUGCAUUCCUACUAAAUAUAAAGAAGUUCUUAAGUGUAAGGUAUCUGGACGAGCUGUAAGAAGUUGUCUGAAAGUUGUCUGGCUAGAAGAACGCAACUUUUGGUUAUUUGAAUUAGCCUCAUUCUGUGUGGCAUUUUCAUCAUCUUUGGCAGUCUUUAUCCGUCAACGGCAAUUAGACCGCCGCAUGAUAAAGAGACUUCAAGCACAGCUUUCUAGUUGUGCAUAAAAUUUAGUGGACAAUUGUCACGCACAAUUUGUUAUUUUUUCUGUGUCACUAUUUUUCUUAUUUUAUAAUAAUAUUAAGUCAAUUCCAAAA